AUAUGGGAUUGCAUCUCAUCCCAACUUGUCCAAAUUCUCGACACUCGAUAUAUCAUUGCAUGCGCAUCUGUUAACGUUGCCAAUUCAAAUCAGACGACCCAUACUAAGUUCAAUCGUUCUGAUCUCGGUCACUCGACGGGUGGUAUUGUUGUUCUCACACCUCUUGGUAUGAAUGAGUAA